CAGGAGGCUGCCUGGGCGCCCAGCGCUGCUUUGGCUUAUUUUGCUUAAAUAUUUCUCGUAUUCGAUCUCAAAGUGUGCCAGAACUAUUUUUAACAAAUUUGGUGCCGUGACUCUGAUCCUCGUUGCUCUGAGCUGGUACUAAGGCUCUGGAAAAGGCGCCUCCGUCUCAGACGGUUCUGGGGCUGAGCUCAGGCCGCUUGGAUCCGAACGCAGGUAGAAUAAGCAAAAGGAAAAGAAACCUGUAAUUUUUGUGCACGAAGAGCCAAGCAAAGGCGCCUGCUGUCCCUAAGGAGUACGCCUUACCAUGCUCCGAGCCUUUAGUCACACAAACGGUAGGUGUGUGUUCCAUCAUGCUAAGUGUUGGCAUCGUCGUAAAUCUGUGCUGGCAAUCAGGAGAGAAGAUGUUAAUGCUUGGGAAAGAAGAGCACCACUAGCACCAAAGCAUGUUAAGGAGUUGACUCAAAUGGGAUACAAGGUCUUAGUGCAGCCAUCAAACCGGAGAGCCAUCCAUGAAAAGGAUUACGUCAAAGCAGGUGGCAUUAUUCAAGAAGAUAUUUCUGAGGCUUCUCUGAUAAUAGGCGUGAAGAGACCUCCAGAAGAAAAAUUAAUCCCUAAAAAGAACUAUGCCUUCUUCUCUCACACUAUUAAAGCCCAAGAAGCAAACAUGCCCCUUUUGGAUGAGAUUCUAAGACAGGAAAUUCGACUGUUUGACUAUGAAAAAAUGGUUGAUCAUAAAGGAAUGCGAGUUGUGGCCUUUGGAAAGUGGGCUGGUGUAGCAGGAAUGAUCAACAUUCUACAUGGAUUGGGAUUGCGAUUUUUAGCCCUGGGACAUCACACUCCUUUCAUGCAUAUUGGAAUGGCGCAUAACUACAGGAAUAGCAGUCAGGCUGUGCAGGCAGUGCGGGAUGCUGGGUAUGAAAUUUCACUGGGAUUGAUGCCAAAGUCAAUUGGGCCCUUAACAUUUGUGUUUACAGGCACUGGUAAUGUUUCUAAGGGUGCUCAAGAAAUGUUCAAUGCCCUCCCAUGUGAGUUUGUGGAACCACAUGAGUUAAAGGAAGUUUCCAGAUCUGGAGACCUCAGAAAAGUCUAUGGGACAGUGUUAAGUCGUCACCAUCACCUUGUAAGGAGACGUGAUGGACUGUAUGAUCCAGUGGACUACGAUAAACAUCCAGAACUUUAUACUUCUCGCUUUAACAUCGAUAUUGCACCCUACACAACUUGUUUAAUUAAUGGCAUAUACUGGGAACAACAUACUCCUCGCUUGUUAAGUCGACAGGAUGCUCAGAAGCUGCUGGUGCCAGUUAGAUCUUCUACUGGUGCAAUGGAGGGCUGUCCUGAGUUACCACACAAACUUAUAGCAAUAUGUGACAUUUCAGCAGACACUGGAGGAUCUAUAGAAUUUAUGACAGAGUGUACAACAAUUGACAGCCCAUUUUGUAUGUAUGAUGCUGACCAGCAUAUUAUUCAUGACAGUGUUGAGGGCUCUGGGAUUUUGAUGUGUUCUAUUGACAAUCUGCCAGCACAGCUUCCCAUAGAAGCGACAGAAUACUUUGGUGAUAUGCUUUUCCCCUAUAUUGAAGAGAUGCUGUUGUCAGAUGGCUCAGAACCUCUUGAAAACCAGAAUUACUCACCUGUUGUUCGAGAUGCAGUGAUUGCAUCCAAUGGCUCACUGACAGCUAAAUACGAAUAUAUCCAGAAAUUGAGGGAGAACAGGGAGCGUGCUCAAUCAUUGAAGAUGGGUAAUAAGAGAGUCUUAUUGCUUGGAUCUGGAUAUGUUUCUGGCCCUGUACUUGAAUAUCUUACUAGAGACUCCAACAUUGACAUCACAGUUGCAUCUGUCAUGAAGGAACAGCUUGAACAGCUGACAGAAAAACACAGCACUGUUACUUCAAUUCAUAUGGAUGUCAUUAAGGACGAGGAAAAGCUGUCCUCUUUGGUGAAGAAACAUGACCUUGUGAUCAGUUUGCUGCCUUAUUCAGCACAUCCUUUGGUUGCUAAGAAAUGUAUUGACAACAAAGUGAACUUGGUAACAGCCAGCUACUUAACACCAGCUAUGAAAGAACUCCAGGACAGUGUAGAAGCUGCUGGUAUUACAGUUGUCAGCGAAAUGGGUUUGGAUCCUGGCCUUGACCACAUGUUGGCGAAGGAAUGUAUUGACAAGGCAAAAGAAGUCGGUGCUACGGUUGUAUCCUACACUUCUUUCUGUGGUGGCCUACCAGCUCCAGAGCACUCUGACAACCCUCUGCGAUACAAGUUCAGCUGGAGCCCACAAGGAGUGUUGCUGAAUACAGUUCAGUCUGCUACAUACUUAAAAAAUGGAGAGAUUGUCAAUAUUCCAGCUGGAGGAGCCUUACUUGAUUCUGUUACUCCGAUGGAUUUUUAUCCAGGAUUAAAUCUCGAAGGUUUUCCUAACAGAGACAGUACAAAAUAUGCUGAGCCAUACGGCAUUCAGACAGCUCACACUUUAUUGAGAGGCACCCUAAGAUACAAAGGAUACUCUAAAGCUAUGGGAGGCUUUGUAAAACUAGGAUUAAUUAACCCAGAUCCUUAUCCUUUGCUAAGCUCCACCACGCCACCUCUAACCUGGAAAGAGCUCGUGUGCAACCUGGUUGGAAUUAAGUCACCUGUAGAGUACCACGUUCUUAAAGAAGCUGUGUUUAGCAAACUGGAAGAGGACAAAAGUCAGCUGGAGGCAGUGGAAUGGCUAGGUUUAUUGGGAGAUGAACCAGUUCCAGCUGCAGAUUCCAUUGUGGGGGCUCUUGCAAAGCACAUGGAGAGGAAGCUGCCCUUUGGCACUGGAGAGAGAGAUAUGAUUGUUAUGAGAAAUGAAAUAGGUCUCAGGCAUCCUUCUGGUCAUUUGGAAGACAAAUUUAUUGAUCUAGUUGUCUAUGGUGAUAACAAAGGAUAUUCUGCAAUGGCUAAAACAGUAGGAUACCCCACAGCUAUUGCUGCUAAAAUGGUUCUAGAUGGUGAAAUAGAUGCUAAAGGCAUGGUUAUACCACUGACGAAGAAUGUUUAUGGACCAAUACUAGAACGUGUUCGGGCAGAGGGCAUUAUGUACAGUACUCAUAGUGUUAUCAGACAGUAACUGGAAGCACUGGAUUCACUUGUCUGUGUUUGGUUCCCCCCACUUUUAGACAAUCUAACUUUGCCCAACUUUGAUGCAGAAACUGUAGAUACCUAAAUGCAUGAACUGUGCUGUUUUCCUCUUAAAACUGUUAUGCUGCCAUGUACAUUUCAGCAUUAAUCAGAUGGUUUUGAUUAACAGUUUGUCUUGUAAGUAUGUAGUGUUAUUGAGACAUUUAAUCUGAAAGAGAAAUCUAUUUGUGGAUUCUUCUGCGGUGGAAAAGUCUGGUUAUUGAAGUCUAUCGAGUAAGUUUGAUUUUUCAUGUGACAAAAAUAAUUUAUCAGACUAGCAGAGAUGAAAGUGAUACUUAAAUUUUGUGUCUUGAUCUCCCUUUCCCUUUAAAGACAUUUGUGAAUGUUUUCACAGUAACAAUAUGCAAGGAAUAGUUUAGAAAUCCUGUGCUACUAGCAAAUAAGAUGCUAUUAAAUCUUGAAAAUACUCAGUUGUUAAAUAUUUGAAACCUAGAUCUUAAUAUUUUAAAAUUCUUUUCUUAUGAACAUAAAAAAUUAAUUGAAAAGGGAGGAAGUUCAAAGUAAACCUCCUCUGUAACCUUUGCUGUUACAGAAUGGAAGCUGUUGCUGUUACACCUUGCCUUGGGCUGUGAAGAGAGCACAUUAGCAUCUAGCUCUGUGGUUAGGAAGGGCGUUCUAAAAUGCCACACAGAUAAUAUGUUUAGAAGCUGCUCCAAAUUAUGUUUACUAUUUCCAGUUACACUUUGUGCCCACUCCAGAUGAAGUACUGUUACAAAGGGAAUAGGCUGUGUGGGAUAAGCAGCUUUGAAAUGCAGUAGGCCUGGAAGUUUAAAUCACUAGGUUUUGAGUCAGCUUCUGACCUUUUGCUGUCAUGCUUUUGAAAUGUUCAUUUGGGAACCUAUCUAUACCACUCUGUAUAGUGUCUCUUUAGACUGAUGAAUCAGCCAGUGUACCAGCUCAUUUGAUGCCAAGUGCUGUGCUGCAAGAUUGUCCAGCUCUAGCACCAGUUUAGCUGCAUCAGCCCAGAACUGAACUUUAGCUUGAGUGCAGCUUCUCUCUGACAAAACAGCAGUUGCCUCCUUCCAGUUCAGGGCUGCUUCUGUGGCUUUUGCUCAGGGAUUUCUACACCUUGCAAUGCAAGCAUGGCUUACACUUCAUUGGUUAGGUCUGCUGAGUUGUAAUGCUGUGGGCAGGUGCCAUUUGCACUUGUAUUUGUGCAGCUGCCAGGAGCUUCCCUUUUCUAAAGCUGAAUACUGAUGCUGGAAGCUGUCUGCUUUCAGCUUAGCUCACAAGUGCACUUUGCUAAUAAACGCACAUCCUUUACCUCCUGAGGAAGCAUAGUGCUAGUAUCAUGGUCCCAAGGGGCUGGAAUUCCAGGUGUUGCUCUGCCUGGUAGCAAAAGCAGCUAUACUAAUAGCUAAAGUUUUGAUCUCCAAGUCCUGCUACUUGGGAUUUGGAUUUUCUUUGCGCACAUGUAACAAAGUAGCAACUGCAAUGAAGAAGAAGAUGAAAGGGGCCAAAGAGAGCUCUCUGCUGCUUCCUCCUUUCCCAAGCAGAUUGAAAAUCCACAAUUAAGGGUUAAAAUUAGACCUUUAUCUGCUGGUCCUUCUAGUCCAGUGCUUGGUAAGAUGAGGAUUUCACCCAAGGAGUCUCUCUUUUUUACCCCACCAAGACACAACCAUGGAGAUGUGAUUCUAAGCAUAUGCAUGCAGCUUGCUUACUUUUCUGCCUAGGAAAUGCAGUAUGCAAAGAAAUUGGGAUUUUUUAGUAAGAAUGUAAUCGCUUUGGAGCACAAAAAGAGUGUGCACUAUAGAGUGUUUUCCUCAAGAAACUACACUAAUAUUUUUGAAUCAUUUUGUAUCAGAAUAUUUCUGUUUGCCAGUGCAAUGCUGCUUUUCAUUUUCUAAGUUUAGACUUGAAUUUAUUGCUCAGCUUUCGUAUGAAGAUUAGACUUCUCAGUUAUCUUUGAAUAGUAUUGAAAAAGUAAUUGUAUCUUAUACACAAAAACUGCUUGAAAAAUAAAUCUGAAGCCCUA